UACCAGGCAACGUCAGCGCUACGGAAUUCAUAUUCAUAAGCUCAGGCCUCGCAAAAGGAUGCUGCAGGAUGCGCUGACGUCACAGACAGGCGGAUAGUCGGAGUGACUCGGUUCACUUUUCUCCAUCCUAGAGAUGGCGUCCCAAUACCCAUGAUUAAGCAGAAAAAGAAGAGAAAGAAAGGAUGCGAGGCCCUCGAUUUCCCAUUCUUUUCAGGACCGCGAUGUUAAUUCUGAAUUCGCAAUGAGUUUGGAUGUGUAUUGGCUUUUAUUUAGAUGUUAAUAUGUCUGGAUUAUUGACUUUCUAUUGGCGCUUGUGAUAAGGUGUCGGUGCCUUCUCUUCAUCCAUCCAUCCAUCCAUUCAUCAAUCCAUCUACUCAUCCAGCGCGGAGACGCCGAAAGGAAGGUGGAGGGGCCGGGCCGAUGGCUGCUGGAGGAGGUGCGGGAGGAUGCGGGGAGUCGGUGGAACAUUACAGGGGGGAGGUGGAGCGGCUGACCCGGGAACUAGCGGAGGCGAACCGGGAGAAGGUCCGGGCGGCGGAAUGCGGGCUGGUCGUGCUGGAAGAGAACCAGACAUUGAAGCAGCAGUAUGCGGAGCUGGAGGCCGAGCAGGAGACCCUGAGACAGGAGCUGGAGCAAUUGCAAGAGGCCUUCAGCCAGGCGUACACCACCCAAAAGAAGGUGGCUGAAGAUGGCGAGAACAACGAGGAGACGUUGUUGCAAGAGUCUGCCACUAAAGAGGCGUACUACAUGGGCCGCCUUCUGGAGCAACAGGCCGUGUUGAAGAGCAGCCAAUCGCAGGCAUCCUGUACGAAGGCUGAGAACGAGAGACUCACGGAUAUCUUACAGGAGCUCAGAGAGAGGAAUGAUAUGUUAGAGCUGCAGAGGAGCCGCAUGAGAGAGGAGAUCAGAGAGUAUAAAUUCAGAGAGGGCAGAAUGCUGCAGGACUACACAGAACUAGAAGAGGAGAACAUCUCUUUACAGAAACUGGUGUCCACACUUAAACAGAAUCAGGUUGAGUAUGAAGGCUUAAAGCAUGAGAUCAAAGUUUUAGAGGAGGAGACAGCCCUGCUUAACAGCCAAUUAGAAGACGCCCUGCGCUUGAAGGAAAUCUCUGAGGGCCAUUUGGAGGAAGCCCUGGAUGCCCUAAAAAACGAACGAGAGCAGAAAAAAAUUCUGAGGAAGGAAUUAGCACAUCACCUCACCGUCUGUGACGGGGCCUUUAGUUCGGGCUGCGUUCAUCUGAUCGCUUUGAGCUCAGCGCCACCUAGCGGCAGCGCCACCCCGACGGCUGCGACCUCGCCCAGCAGUGAAGAUGGCAGCAAGUGCUACGGGCAUCUGAUGCAGGGCGCGACGGGUUCGGUUCUCAACCGGCUGAACGGCGACUUCAGGUCGACAGGUUUGAGGAAGAGCGAAAUUUUGACCCCUGACCUCUACAGUGAACUCAACGGCCCAGAGAUCCAAAAACUCAAACAACAGCUGCAGCAGGUGGAGAGAGAAAGAUCAUCUCUGGUAAACAGUUUGCAGGAGUCACAGACACUCCUCCGUCACACACAGGGAGCUCUUACAGAACAACACGAAAGGGCCAAUCGCCUGGGGGAGCGAUUCCGAAAACUCCUCCGCCAACGCAGCAGCAAAGAAAAAGAUGAUGAGCAGGAUGAAGAAGUGACCACGUGUGUCCCCGGGGACCAGGAGGGGCCCAGUCUGGAGUUGUUGCAGUGCAAGUACAGGGUCGCAGUGACGGAGGUUGUUGGGCUAAAUGCGGAGCUUAAAGAGGUAAAAGACAGAUAUAACGAAUCCGUUGAAGCCCGAGUGCGGGUAGAGGAACAGGGACAGGCCCAGCUGCAGGCGUUGGAGACUCAGGUGGCUCAGCUGGAACGCAGCUGCAGGGAGAGCCGGGAUAAAGUGGUCAGUCUGGAACGCGAGCUGCAGGCAGCCAAGAGCACGGCUUUGGAGACCCAUGGAAUUCUGGGAACGGCCCAAGAUGAGCUGGCAACGUUCAGCGAGGAGUUAGCCCAACUUUACCACCACGUCUGCCUGUGCAACAACGAGACACCCAACCGCGUUACGCUGGAAUAUUAUCGGCAGGGCAGGACCCCCACGCGCAUUUCCACCGCUGGCCUCAAGGGCCAAGAUGAUCACCGGGUGCUUUUGACGCCACGCCUGGCGCGCCGAUUAGCGGCCAUUAACGCCGCAACGUCCGAGUCGCGUAGCCCAUCUGACUCGCCAUCCAAAGAGCCUCACACUGCUGAGCAAAGCCCGGUGCGUACGCCGCUGGGUUCGCCCGUCGUUAGUGCCUCCUCAUCUUCGUCUUCUUCAUCCCCAGCACCCGAGUUGGCCACGGGUACCGACCCACGACGUGAACCAACCAACAUCUACCAUCUCAAUGCCAUCAUUCGCGACCAAAUCCAGCAUCUUCAGAAAGCGGUGGACCGGUCGCUUCAGCUGUCCCGUCAGCGUGCAGCCGCCAGCGAGCUCGCCCCGUUGAUGGACAAGGAUAAGGAGGCCUGCAUGGAGGAGAUUCUGAAACUCAAAGCGCUUUUGAACGCAAAGAGGGAGCAGGUCGCAACCUUACGCCUUGUGCUCAAAGCCAACAAGCAGACAGCUGAGAUCGCACUGGCCAACCUGAAAAGUAAGUAUGAGAAUGAGAAGACUAUGGUGACUGAGACCAUGAUGAAACUGAGGAACGAACUGAAGGCUCUUAAAGAGGACGCGGCCACCUUCUCUUCUCUAAGAGCCAUGUUUGCAACACGGUGCGACGAGUACGUAACUCAGCUCGACGAGAUGCAGAGACAACUCGCAGCGGCCGAAGACGAGAAAAAGACGUUGAAUUCUCUCCUUCGCAUGGCCAUCCAACAAAAACUCGCUCUUACCCAGAAACUAGAGGACCUGGAGUUCGACCAAGAGCAGUCUCACCGCCCCCGCGUGACCAAGACGGCCAGAUUAAGGAACACCACGCCCAAAGUAAGUGCAAGCCGAGUUCCGCCCCUUCCCGACACACCCAUGACAAUAACUGAGGUGCUUACGGCGGCGGCUGCCAUUACCUCACCCACCACUCAGAAUACACCCAGCUUCACUCCCACGCAACCCUCCGCCCCUAACAGUCCGCCCUCAUUGGAGGCCCCAUCGUCCCCCGCUUCCUCCUCAUCCACUUGGACCCCCCCGACCACGCCCUAUCGCCAGAGCAUCUCCCACUGGACGAUGGGAGUCCGGGCGUAUGUUGUCGAGCCGCACUCUAUCAGUGCGGACUACACGCGACUGCCUACUCAUUCCUCCAUCCUGGCCCGUCGUUAUGCCAGCGAGUCGCACUAUUCCCCAGGCUCCGCCCCUUCCACGCCCUAUCACUCGCCCUUUUCGGCCAGUCGCCGCUCCAUGUGGAGCUCCUCCCAAUCUCGCCCCCUUCCUAGCCACCUGACGCGCCCCACCUCUCGAUACACGCCCCCAUCUCCUUCCUACAACCCGCUGUAUCCCAGAAACUACAGCUCUCAUCAUCCCCGGUACUGACACCCGGCGGGUGACACAGAGAGGAGGACACACUGGUUUUCUGCUUUCUGGUUCCUGUGUUUGAAUGUUUUUUUACUCAGGGAUUUACUGGAGCACAAGCGACCCGGCCUUCUUCACACGAGACUGUUGAUCAGUUCUCAGGACACUGUUCUGGCAAACUCUCUGUCAUUUAUAUGGCUGCAUGUGGACUUUAUAGACAGAAACUUGUAGACAAUUUCAACUGGAAGUUGACAGAUUGGAGUUGCAGAUUGUUGGUGUGUCUCACAGCGAAUGUGUUCAUAUGUCACAAGAAAGACACAGCGCAAACAUUUUCAGUCAUUUUACACUAAAGAAUGCAAAGCAUAUCAGCAUUAUGUUGCUUAUAAAGCAAUGAUAAACGAAAAAUGACUUCCAAGUUUACUUAGCAUCAUUUUAAAGGGGUUGAUAUGCAACAACACCCUUUUCUCAACAUCAUUUCGGUUUAAUUUGCCUUGUCAAUGGCUGUGUUCAGAUUGGAAAACUAGCAUACUAUUUCAUCUACUGUGGUGGAUAUUCUGCACCAUGGGCGUUGAAACCAGCGCAUAUGUCUGUUGAGGAAUGCCUUGAAAAAUUUAACGUUCCGCGUUUUAGCUGCAACCUUGACUUCCACGCUGCUGCCUUUUUUAAAUCUAUUCCAUUUCGCACUUUUAGAGUCCAUAAAUGAAACUCCAUUUCAUUUUUUUACUACUUUCGCCUGCUGCACGACCACAACACAACAAGGUAAACUAAGCUUUUAGGCUAUAAAAGCAAUUGUUUAAAGCAACACUAAGAGUUUUUUUUACCUUAAAAUAACAUUUCCAAAAAAGUUUCAGUCGUUCAUCCACUCGAAACAGGGUGAGCGGCACUUUCACAUUCACUUUGCAGCCCUCUAUCGGCAAAAACAGCACUAAAGAAGUUUCCAGCCGUCGGGUCGCGGUCCUGUAGUUUGAGUGAAAACUACAAAAACUUGCUUUACGGCAGACCUACAAUCCAAUCAGAGCCAACUUUGCUGCAGUAGUAUUAUUUACGACAGUGGUAAUGGACAAUUCCGCUUCCAGCCUGUAGGGGGAGCAAAGAGCAAAAACUCUUAAGUGUUGCUUUAAAGGGAGACUCUACUUUUUUGAAAAUAU